AUGGAAGAAAGGAGAGCGGGGGAGGGUCGGCGGGGUGGUCGGGGUUCGGUCUGGUGGAGGGACGGCGAUGGGCGUCGCUGCCACGCGGUUCGGAUGGGCUGUGGCUGCGCGACCGUGAGUGUGGGCGAAACGGCCCGACCUGUUGGAGGGGAUGCGGCGUCGGAAGUGCAGGCCGCGGGAUUGGCGCUGAUUGUUGCAAGUGUGCGGCAAGGAGCAGACGAACUCCGCGUCUGUGUAAAAGCGAGGUCACGUCCGACGGGUGAGGGCGACGUGAAGCGGCGCAUUCGAGGGGGCUGUGCCUGA